AUGGUGCUCCGAAGGUUGAGAUACACCCGAGCCAUAUGCAUCUUGUUGAUGGGCUCUGCGAUGUUUUGCGCGUUGAAGCCGACAUCCUUCACCGGUACCACCCAAACCACCGCGAUUCGCUUGCGUGGUCGAGCGCUGGUUGCACGGGGUGCAGAGAAGGUUCCCGAGUUGCCGCCUUUUCAGCAGUUUCCGGAUGAUUAUGAUCCAGACCCACUGGACAAGUUCAUCGAGUGGACGUCUCAGCUGCACAUCUUAGCUGCUCUGUAA